CAGGAAGUGGUGGGCCCCUGAUGUGACUCACUCUCAUUAGGUAGCCGGUGGAGGGAGCCUUCCCAUGUGUGAGACUAGACGCCUUCAGAGCAAGGGUACCGAGGGCCCAGCCACCUUCCUGCAGGCACCGAGCUUGGCUGGGCAGCUUCAGGGCCCCAGGAGAGCCAGAUCUGAGGACCCGGAAGGUCCUGUCAGCCCAUCCCAGACACCCCGAAGACACCAGUGACCAAGACUCAGUGGCUGCAGCCGGUGCCAUGUGCCCAUGGAGCUACAAGCUCUGGGUGCCUCUGCCCAGUCCUGACUGCUAGGCCUCAGAGAAGUCAGAGGCCUAGGCCACAUUCAAGAGUGUCAGCAGACAGAUGUAUCUCAGGCCGUGGGGCUCCUAAGCAGGCCGCUGGACCAGGCCACUGGGGAAGAAGAUGCCAGCCAAGGGGCGUUACUUCCUCAAUGAAGGUGACGAGGGUCCCAACCAGGCAAAGCUCUAUGAGAAGUACCGCCUCACCAGCCAGCAUGGGCCACUGCUGCUCUUGCUCCUCCUGGUGGCUGUGGCCGUCUGCGUGGCGCUCAUCAGCAUCACCUUCAGUCAUGAGGAUCCCCCGAGGCACAAGGCUCUCCUGGGCACCGCGUUCUUCCUGCUGACGCUGUUCGUGGCUCUCUACGUGCUGGUAUAUGUUGAAUGCCUGGUGCGGCGGUGGCUGCAGGCCUUGGCUCUGUUCACCUGGCUCUGCCUCAUGCUGCUCGGCUCCGUGCUGGUGUGGGACUCCUGGAAGAACGAAGCCUGUGCGUGGGAGCAGGUGCCGUUCUUCCUGUUCAUCGUCUUUGUGGUGUACGCCUUGCUGCCCCUCAGCACGCGGGCAGCCAUCACAGUGGGGAUGGUCUCCACUGUCUCCCACCUCCUGGUGUUUGGAGCUGUGACCGGAACCUCCAAGACGGCCAUGUCUGGCGCACAGCUGGGACUGCAGCUUCUGGCCAACGCCAUUAUCCUCCUGGGCGGGAACUUCACGGGGGCCUUUCACAAGCACCAGCUGCAGGAUGCUUCCCGGGACCUCUUCAUCUACACCGUCAAGUGUAUCCAGAUCCGCCGGAAGCUGCGUGUGGAGAAACGCCAGCAGGAGAACCUGCUGCUCUCGGUGCUGCCAGCCCAUAUAUCCAUGGGCAUGAAGCUGGCCAUCAUUGAGCGCCUCAAAGAGGGCGGUGACCGCCGCCACAUGCCUGACAACAACUUUCACAGCCUCUACGUCAAGCGGCACCAGAAUGUCAGCAUCCUGUAUGCAGACAUCGUGGGCUUCACGCGGCUGGCCAGUGACUGCUCCCCCAAGGAGCUGGUGGUGGUGCUCAAUGAGCUGUUCGGGAAAUUCGACCAGAUUGCCAAGGCCAACGAGUGCAUGCGGAUCAAGAUCCUGGGUGACUGCUACUACUGCGUGUCGGGCCUGCCUGUGUCGCUGCCCACCCACGCCCGCAACUGCGUGAAGAUGGGUCUGGACAUAUGUGAGGCCAUUAAGCAGGUGCGUGAGGCCACAGGAGUGGACAUCAGCAUGCGGGUGGGUAUCCACUCCGGCAAUGUGCUGUGUGGGGUCAUCGGGCUUCGCAAGUGGCAGUAUGAUGUGUGGUCCCAUGACGUGUCCCUGGCCAACAGGAUGGAGGCGGCUGGAGUCCCUGGUCGGGUGCACAUCACAGAGGCGACACUGAACCACCUGGACAAGGCGUACGAGGUGGAGGAUGGGAACGGGCAGCAGCGCGACCCCUAUCUGAAAGAGAUGAACAUCCGGACUUACCUGGUGAUAGACCCUCGGAGCCAGCAGCCACCCCCACCCAGCCAUCACCUCCCCAAGCCCAAGGGGGAUGCGACCCUGAAGAUGCGGGCUUCAGUGCGUGUAACCCGCUAUCUCGAGUCCUGGGGUGCAGCGCGGCCCUUUGCACACCUCAACCACCGGGAGAGUGUGAGCAGCGAGACCCCCAUUUCCAAUGGACGGAGGUCAAAGGCCUCUUCACUGCGCCGACACCGUGCCCUUGCCAGGAGUGCCUCCCCCAAGGGGCGCUUGGAUGACGACUGUGAUGACGAGAUGCUCUCGGCCAUCGAGGGGCUCAGCUCCACCAGGCCUUGCUGCUCCAAGUCUGAUGACUUCCACACCUUUGGUCCCAUCUUCCUGGAGAAGGGCUUUGAGCGGGAGUACCGCCUGGUGCCCAUCCCCCGUGCUCGCUACGACUUUGCCUGUGCCAGCCUUGUCUUCGUCUGCAUCCUGUUUGUCCAUCUUCUCGUGAUGCCCAGGAUGGCCACUCUGGGUGUGUCCUUUGGACUUGUGGCCUGCCUGCUGGGGCUGGUGCUAAGUCUCUGCUUCGCUACUGAGCUCUCGAGGUGCCUUCCAGCCCGAGGUACACUCCAGGCCAUCUCGGAGAGUGUGGAGACGCAGCCCCUGCUCAGGCUGUCCCUGGUCGUGCUGACUGUUGGCAGCCUACUGACUGUUGCUAUCAUCAACAUGCCACUGAUGCUUAACCCAGGCCCAGGGCAGCCUGGAAGCAACGAGACGAGUCCGCUGGCUGCAAGAACUGGAGUUGGGACCCUGUGUGAGCUCCUCCCGUACUACACCUGCAGCUGCAUCCUGGGCUUCAUUUCGUGCUCCGUCUUCCUGCGGAUAAGCCUGGAAGUGAAGGCCAUGCUGCUGACAGUGGCCUUGGUGGCUUACCUGCUGCUCUUCAACCUCUCCCCGUGCUGGCACGUCCCAGGCAACAGCACCGACACCAACAGCACACAUAGGUGGGGCCCUACUUGCUGGUGUCUCUGUAGCCCACUACUGACACCUCCACCCCUGCCUGCUGCACGAAGCAUGCACAACCACACCCUUGCUCCAGGGGCUCAGGUGACAGCCCCCUUCCCCAGCAGAUGCUUAGAGAGAGACCUGAAGACCAUGAUCAACUUCUACCUGGUCCUGUUCUAUGCCACCCUCAUCUUGCUGUCUAGACAGAUUGACUAUUACUGCCGCUUGGACUGUCUGUGGAAGAAGAAGUUCAAGAAGGAACAUGAGGAGUUUGAAACAAUGGAGAAUGUGAACCGCCUCCUCCUAGAAAAUGUGCUGCCAGCGCAUGUGGCUGCCCACUUCAUUGGAGACAAGGCAGCUGAGGACUGGUACCAUCAGUCUUAUGACUGUGUCUGUGUCAUGUUUGCAUCCGUUCCGGACUUCAAAGUGUUCUACACUGAGUGUGAUGUCAACAAAGAAGGGUUGGAGUGCCUGCGCCUGUUGAAUGAGAUCAUUGCUGAUUUUGACGAGCUGCUGCUGAAGCCCAAGUUCAGUGGUGUGGAGAAGAUCAAGACCAUUGGCAGCACCUACAUGGCCGCAGCAGGGCUCAGUGUCCCCUCAGGACACGAGAACCAGGACCUAGAGCGGAAGCACGUGCACAUCGGUGUCUUGGUGGAAUUCAGCAUGGCCCUGAUGAGCAAGCUGGACGGAAUCAACAGGCACUCCUUCAAUUCCUUUCGCCUUCGAGUUGGUAUAAACCACGGCCCUGUGAUUGCUGGAGUGAUUGGAGCACGCAAGCCUCAGUAUGACAUCUGGGGAAACACAGUCAAUGUUGCCAGCCGAAUGGAGAGCACUGGAGAGCUUGGGAAAAUUCAGGUUACAGAAGAGACAUGCACCAUCCUCCAGGGACUAGGAUAUUCCUGUGAGUGCCGAGGGCUGAUCAACGUCAAAGGCAAAGGAGAGCUGCGGACUUACUUUGUGUGUACAGACACUGCCAAGUUUCAAGGCCUGGGGCUGAACUGAGGUGUCUGGUAGUCUGUCUCCUUUCCUGAGGGAGCCAAGAAUGCAGCCCCAAUGCCAGCUGCAGAUGGCUGUGUGGCUUCUUUGGACUUGCACUACAGGAUGGAUGGCUCUGACACAUGCAUCAGAUUUUGUUUGAAGCAGCUACGUUGUCCAGAACCUCUGUGCUUCAGUCUGUGCAAUUCCCAGCUAGCUAGAUCACUGGUCUACUGUGGGCUGUGCUUUUCCCAGGAUGUCGGAAGAGACCUUAAUGCAUGACCAAGCCUGACACCACCUUGGUAGCCAGUGAACAGCAUAUACCGGGUAAAGAACUCCUGGUUCCAGGAGGCUCAGCCUCCCUCUUCUCAUUGGUACCCACCAUGGGAUGCUAACCUCUCAUACAGGCAUUCUGGCAAAUGGAGUUAAACAGUGGGCAUAUUGGCAGGUAGUCUCAAUUGACUGUCACUCUUUACCACCUCAUUUCUGUCUGAAAUGGACGUCAUUAGUGGAAGUUCUAUCUUUGCUACCAACUCUUAGAUGCUAGGCAACAAUCUCCUUUCUAGUAUAUUUUCUCUUCUCAGCCACUGACUACAUGUAAACAGGACUGCUGUUCAGUGUCAGUUCAUAGGAUUAGCUUGGCUGUAGGGUGGAGUUCUGAGAGGGGGCUCACACAAGGAGCAGCAAAACCUUGGAUCUGUCCAGCAUUUUUGGAAUAAGUCUACUGGGACAAGGUUCAGGAAGCUGAAAGUCUAGAAAUGAGGUGUAAUGUUUCAGUUCUUCUGUCUGCACUUUAUUUUUUUAGAGACAGAGUCAGCCAAGGCUGGCCUCAACUUUGAACUCUCCUGCCUCAGUUCCUGAGUGUUUCGAAUAGAUGUGCACUACCAUGGCCAGCUUUUUUUUUUUUUUUUCCCGUGGGAAAGCCUGUGUGGAGAGGGCUUAGACAGCCUGUGUACCUCUUGCCCUUUCUCUAGUCUUCUGAGCUGACUGCUGAGCUGCAACUGUGAUCUACCUGGCAGGAACAUGUGUGAAAUUGAGCGCCUAAACAAAUGCCAAGUUGCUCUCACUCACGAGUCAAGGCAAAUUCAGCUCUGUGUGAUGGCAUCUUACUGUGCUUUAGCUCCAGAGCACUCAAGCUGAGUGAUGACCAACAUCCCACUCCUUUUGGAAAGUGACUUCAUUGCCACAGAACUUCACUAAGUCAUGGCAUUCUUAGACGUCACCAAGGAACCUACUAAGCACAGAACAUCAUGCACACAGGAGUCUGCAAAUGAUGUAUGUGCUGUAGGCAGGGUGCCUGACCAGCCAGGUUUACCUGGGACUUCGGUUCAAGAUGAGUAGUCAGGGAUGCAGAGGGAAGGGGACAGGACCUACCUACCAGAACUGUGUCCUGUGGAGCUUUAUCAGCCCAGGGAAGAGGGGCUGAUUCUAGUCUGCACAAAGGAAUCCAGCAGUGGUCAGGGCUUCCCAGCAAGGCUCUCCCCUGGGGCUAAGAAGGUUCCUGCAAAUGCCACAAUGCAGUUCACAGGGAGCAGGAAUGAGCCUCCCUGAAGCUGACACACUUCUACUCUUCCAACAUCCAAUAAUUUCCCCCUUCAACAGAAAUCCUAGCUUGAGUUUUAAAACAGCUGGCAACUGUUCACCCAUCUUCAACUGAAGCACUGGGCUAGGAGUAUUAAGUUACUACUGUUCAGGUCUUAGGAGUGUAACUGACAAAACACUUGGGAGUUAUGCACAUACUUGUUUUUGAAUUUCCAAGUAAUUUCUUCACAAGUGUCUUAUUUUAUCUUAGGAACUUUUUUUUUUAAACCCUUCUGUGGUUCAAGGAUUCAUUUCAGGGAUCCACUAAGGUGGCCCUCACUAACUACAGAAAGUAAUACCCUGUUCUGGCUUACUGAAGGACACUCCCCGACAAAAGAUGAUUACUGUGUACUUCAUGGAUAACAGGUCAGUGCUUUGAGCAGGCGCAGGCAAAUAACUAUGGUGUGUUCUGUAUGUGUACUAUUUAUAGCUUUACUGUAACAUCUGUCUCAAUGUUUCAGUUUCAGAAAUCAGUGCCUGGCUCUUUUAUAUGUUCAGCCAAUAACUAAAAACCUGAAUGUCCUUCAAAAACAAAACAAAAACCUCAAUGUCCUAAGGUGUUUUGAAUUAAGGUAUUUCUGAGUUUUCAGGAACUGACCUGUGGCAAAUAGAUCUACUGGUGAAUUAUGGGUUAUUGUCUAAAUAUAUAUAUAUAUCCGAGGCAAGGUUUCAUAUAACUCAGACUGUCCUCAAACCUUCCACUCCUAAUCUUUCUGUGUCUACUUCUAGAGUGCUAGGAUUAUAGACAUGUGCCACUAAGCCAGUUUUUCUUUUUGUGUACGUAUGCAUGUUCAUGUGUAUGCAGGGCUACAUCUGUGGAGAUCAGAAGACAACCCUGGGUAUUGGUCUUCACCUUCUACCUUGAGAAAGGGUUUUUAUGUUUUCUCAUUGGCUAGCUUCAUGCUAGCUGCCCUAUGAACGUCCAGGAGUCCUUAAUCCCUGGCUUCCAUCUUCCUAUAGGAGUGCAGAUUAUAGACAUACACACCACUGGAUCAGAAUGUGGGUUCUGGGGAUCCAAACUCAAGUGGUCAAGCUUGCACAAGCACUUUACUCACUGAGCCACACUUCACUUGUAGCUCAUUGUGGCCAAUUUAUGCGGUGCUAGGGGCUCAGAAUUGCUAGCCUUCAAGCACUCUACCAACAGACUCAUACCCUUCAGCCCCUAAACUCUAUUUUAGAGACUAAAAUCAAAAUCUAAAGACUUGAUUAACACUUAAGUUGAUUUUUUUAUUCUAUUAGCAUAAUAAUCUACAAGAGUCACACUAUAAUUUCUUCUUUCUUUUCUUUUUUUUUUUUUAGAUAGUUUCUCUGUGUAGCUGUGGCUGCAUGGAACUCACUCUGUAGACCAGGCUGGCCUUGAAUUUACAGAGAUCCAUCUGCUUCUGCCUCCUGAGUACCGGGAUUAAAAGCAGGUGUACCACCAUUCCUGGCUCCCAGAAUUUGAGAGAAUCCGCUUUCCUUUACUGUUCUUGUUCUGGCUUAAUAUUGAUUUUAAAUCAAGAAAAAUGGGUGUAUCUUCUGGUCUAUAUUUUUGCAGACAGGCAAAGAGGUUAUGUCUGUUUACUAGACUAGGUUAUGUCCACACUGACAUUCUAUUUAUUUUAAAAUAUGUAUGUGUGCAUGUGGGUAUGUACAUACAGUGCCGGUGCUUGCAGAGGCCAGAGGUAUGAGGUUCUUUGGAGCUGAAGUUACAGGUGUUUUUGAGCUACCCAAUGAGGAUGCUGAGUACCUGAUUCCAGUCCCCUGAAGAACAGUAUGUGCUCUUAACUGCCAAGUCAUCUCUCCAGUGCCCACAUCUCCACCUUUUUUUUUUUUCCUUUUUGAGGCAGGGUCUCAGUAUGUAUCCCAACCAGACUCAGAUUCAUGGCAAUCUUUUCUCAGUCCGCCAAGUACUGGGAUUGUAAGUAUGUGCUACCAUACACAGCUUGCUGUUUAAACAGGUUAUAUCUUGACACAGAUUUAGAAAAAUCAUUCAUCUCAGCCCAGUGACGUGUAAUAGAAGGGGACAUAUCUGAUGGUUUCCUACUUAAAAUCUGCUUGGUCACUUGACCUUUGUUAUUUCAGAUAAAGGGAAAUGGUUCAAGGGCACAGGUGGCCUUGGAGAAACUGAGCAGAAGCAAGCUCUCCUUUAAGUUCUAGACUCUAAUGUAUCUAAAAGUGGUUUGGUUCAUCUUAUUUGUGUGUCCUUUUGCUAUAGCUCCAAAUAACUAAAAAAAAAAUACACUAGACAUUUUAUCACCAUGAAUCUCCUAGCCCACUGUUUUCUUUUUGUAUGUGGGGGCAGAUGUAGUACUCAAUAACCACAAAUGAGGAAACCAUUCCCAUCAGGUACACAGAGGGCAGAAACAUACCAGGAAACUUUAACAUUACCUUGAGAGAGUUCACUUUCAUGGUAUGAUGCUAGAAAACCUCACUGGACAGAACUGUGUUUUGUGUUUACAAAGCUGGGUCCUGGGCCAGUGCGAUGGUCCAGUGAGUAAAAAGGCAUUUUGUCUGGUGACCUAAAUUUAAUCCCUAGUAACCACAGAAGCAGAAAUACAACUCCGAAAAGUUGCCCUCUGACCUCUACACAUGCACCAUGGCAUGCGUGCAUGUGCCCGAUGUGUAUAUAUCACAUAUCCAAUAGUAGCAGCAGCAAUAAUAAAGCUGGGUUUGCUCAGUUAAAUCAAACAGUGCUAGUGGCAGUCUGAAAGGCUACCAGGAUGGCCUGCUCACAAGAUUCUUGGAAUGUCAUUCAGAUGAACUCUAAGACAGAUCUUACCAGAGCUUGUAAUUACCUGCUUGUAAUUUUUUAAUGAGAGU